CUGCGUUGUGUACAGUUCUCCUCCUUUGACCAACCCCAAUACACCUUGAGAGAUGGCACCCAAGAAAGCCAAGAGGAGGCAGCAGGCGGAGGGCGGCAGCUCCAACGUGUUCUCCAUGUUUGAGCAGAGCCAAAUCCAAGAGUACAAAGAGGCUUUCACAAUCAUUGACCAGAACAGGGAUGGUAUCAUCAGCAAGGACGAUCUGAGAGACGUGCUGGCCACCAUGGGUCAGCUGAACGUGAAGAAUGAGGAGCUGGAAGCCAUGAUCAAAGAGGCCAGCGGCCCCAUCAACUUCACCGUCUUCCUCACCAUGUUUGGAGAGAAGCUGAAGGGUGCUGAUCCUGAGGACGUUAUCGUAAGUGCGUUCAAAGUCCUGGAUCCUGAGGCUACCGGCGCCAUCAAAAAGGAAUUCCUUCAGGAGCUCCUGAGCACCCAGUGCGACAGGUUUACACCCGAGGAGAUGACCAACCUCUGGGCUGCAUUCCCUCCAGAUGUGGCUGGCAACAUAGACUACAAGAACAUCUGCUACGUCAUCACACACGGAGAGGAGAAAGAGGAGGAUUAAAAUGACUCUCUCAACCGUCAUCCAUCUCUCUCUUUCUCAUUACCACGUCACCUUCUGCCAUUAUUGUCGCUCCACGGCACACCUGCAUUCUCUGUCUUCCCAUUGUCCAUCUGCAUUUCUUCUCAAAGAAAGACUUAAAUGUUAAACUGGAGGACUGUCGCAUGGAGUACAUUAAUCUAAAAUAAUCAAAUCACAGUCGGUCAGUUCUGUAUAUAAGUAUGGGAGAUAUUAAAAGAGAAGUUACACCUCUAUAAUAGAGCAUCACUUUCUCUCUCCAUACCUCCCACACAUUUUCUUGCAGAGAAAUUUUAAGGAAGGAGGAAAGAUGUUGGGAAUAGGGAGGAGACACAGUGGAGGAUGAGAAAAAGAUGUCUUUUUAUUUUUUUACUUUUCUUGGCUUGUUUCUCCUCCAUUCCGAGGUCCUCAUUUCGUUCAGAUUUCUUCUUUGCUUUUGAUUCAUGUCUUUG